UUUUGCACCAGACAAAUUCAACAUUAACCAUGCUGCAUUAUGAUCUUUACCAAUAUGUAAUUUAAAAGUGUAAGUCUCAAUCGAUGAAAGAGAAUGAUGAAGUUUUAUUUCGCGCCUCGUCCAUCGUGACUUAUUUGCAAAGUCAGCUGACCAAAACCAUAGGAGGAACUGCAGUUACAACUGUUAUGGAAAGAAAUCAUUGACCUUCACACUAGACUCGUUCUCUGCAGUGAUGAAGCCGGCGCUGGAGAGGACAAUAUGCAGAGGUGGAUAAACGGAAAUAUAAUUUUUUAGCCGACUGGGAAUUGACUGUAUCGCGUUAAUCAUGCCGGACUCCACAGAAGCCUCUUUACCCGCCGUCAGACGACUGAGUUACUCAGUGGGGCAUUUUCUCAACGACCUGUGCGCCUCGAUGUGGUUUACAUACCUGCUGGUGUUUUAUCACUCAGUGCUGGGCUUUCAGAACACAUAUGCGGGUGUGUUGUUGUUAGUGGGGCAGAUUGCGGAUGGAGUGUGUACACCACUAAUCGGUUAUGAGUCUGACAGGACACCCGGCUGUGGAUCGUAUGGGAAAAGAAAAACAUGGCAUUUAGUCGGGACCUUCAGCGUCCUCCUAUCCUUCCCCUUUAUAUUUAACCAGUGCCUGGGCUGUGAUCCUAACACUCCACAGUGGGUCAGUCUCACCUACUUUACCCCCUUCAUCGUCAUCUUCCAGUUUGGAUGGGCGGCCACCCAGAUUUCCCAUCUCUCCCUCAUUCCCGAGCUGGUGUCUUGCGAGCAUGAGAAAGUGGAGCUCACUGCAUACAGGUAUGCCUUUACGGUGAUGGCUAACAUCACAGUGUAUGCAGUGGCCUGGUUGAUGUUUCAUUUUCAGACUCAGGAGGGAGAUGAUCCUGCCAUUACAGAAAACCUUGGCCCUGUUGACAUUCCCGUUUUCAGAAAUUUAAGUCUUGUAGUGGUGUGCAUUGGGGCUCUGUUCUCGGUGCUGUUUCACCUGGGCACACGGGAGAAGGGCGCACGUCCCCGUCAGGAGGAGGAUGGCUCUAGUUCUGGUGAGCGCCAGUCACUUCUUCACAACGCCACUGUGGCCCCUCCCACUAAUCCACUGCAGUGGCAGCAUUGGCUGAGACAGCCAUCAUUCUACCAGGUGGCUGUGCUUUAUAUGUCCACCAGACUAAUAGUAAACCUAUCACAAACAUAUAUUUCCAUGUACCUCACCUACUCACUACUGCUGCCAAAGAAGUACAUAGCCACCAUUCCACUGGUCAUGUUCCUGAGUGGCUUUGCUUCCUCAUUUAUCAUGAAACCUCUCAGCAAGCUAAUAGGCAAAUCUAUGACCUAUUUUUUGGGACUGUUGCUGAUUCUGGCGUUCUCCUAUUGGGUGCUGCUGGACACACACAUGGGAGAGAAGGUGUAUGGGGCAGCGGUCCUGCUAGGGGUUGGGUCUGGCACCAUCCUGGUGAUGUCUCUUGCCAUGACGGCUGAACUCAUAGGAGAUCAGACACAAAGCGGGGCUUUUGUUUAUGGAGCUAUGAGCUUCACAGACAAGGUGGCUAAUGGUCUGGGAGUCAUGAUCAUUCAGGUGCUACACCCCUGCCGCACAAUGGUAUGCUGUCCGGCCUGCGUGUGGUAUUACCACUAUAUCAUGGUCAUCGUCACUGGUGGAGUGGCCGUUUUAGCAGCACUGAGCCUCUCCGCGAUCCUUAUCUGGCCUAUAAAGAUUGUGCACUUAUCUAAGCGAGAUCAUGAGAACAGUUCAAUAAACAGCAAAGACUUUAAGGAUCUGCCUGAGGUGACUGGUCUUAUGGGGAGUGAUAGAGAGGACUCUGAGAGCUCUGAACAGCCUUCAGUCGACUGAACGUGCAGCAGACGCAGAGAUUCUUCAGCUCUGAUGCAGAGAAUUCUGGUUUACACUUACAGUCGUGAAGGUUAGAGUUAAAAACAGGUUUUGGUUCAGAAUAAUCUUUCACACUGACAAUAUUUGCUAAUUAAAUCAAUAGAGCGGUCAUAUCUUGACACAUUUCUACAAUAAAGGUUCACUACAAGGAUGUGGUGAGUUCAUUUUUAGACGUGAUUAGUUAAUAUCGCUCAUCUUUUCUAUCAUGGUUUCUUAUUCCUUAGUUCUCACUUAACCCAGCAGUCUUUAUAGACUGACACUUUAUAAAGGGACUAACUUUUUAUUAUGCACAUUAUAUCAUGUUUAUUAUUUCAGCAUUGUUUUUAUUUAUGAUUAUAAAUUUAGUUCAGUUAUUUAAAUCAAACCUAUGAAAAUAAGGGAAUUUAUUUAUGUAAGGCCAAUGCAAGACUGCGCACAUUUUAUGAUGGAUGCAUCAUUCCAGAUAACACUUAAAAGGAAUCCAUUUAUCUUUUCCAUAAGGGAAUUCAUGAAAAAGGGAAGAAUUGGUCUUUUAAAUCAGGGAUAUAAAGCCAUGUGUUGUCAUUUCAAGGCACAUGUUCUGGUGUGAGAUAUGUGGGGUUUUGCUGUUAGGGACCAGAGAGCCAAUGAUGUGCAUUUUCCCCUAUAACCAUUCUUGUAUAUUUUUAUAUAUAUAUGUAUAAUUAUGGUUUUAAUAUGUAAGACAAUUGUGUCUGACAUGUGUGUCUGUUCAUAUGAUUUACUGAACAGAAUAAAUGUUCUUUGUGAACAGACAUAUCUGUAUCAUUGUAACCUGUCUUUAAAAGUAGUUACUCAUUAGCAGGAAUGCAGUGUCAGUGUGAGUGAAUGUAACAUACAUCUGGUCAGCUGAUUUUGCGUGAUGCUUGGGACUUUAAACACUCAAAAUAACUCAUAAAAGCUGUCGCUCAGAUGUAGCUGAAAUGAAUUAAAUGUAUUCUAUUAUAGUGGAAAGGAAUCAGCAAAACCAGGAUGUUUAUAAAAAGACAAUAUUUGUAUUUUAUUAUCUUUGACGUCUUGUUUAAAUUGACUUUUAAAUAAAAGUGUUUAUUUCUUAAA